CUACGAUCGAAGCUCAACGCCAGCAGACACGAUCACGUAUACACCGACACACGUGACCGCGUCAGCCUUCUCGCAUCAAACUCGAAGCCAGACGACAUUGGGGCCAAGACAGCAGUCGCAAGUCUCACGCAGCGUGCAGCCAGUUUGCAGACCGACACCGUAGCGAACGGACGUGUGUUUCUCUCUUACGCGGAAUCACACAUCGGCUCUAUCUCGACUCGAGUUAAUAACUCGGACGAUCGGCGAAAAACGGAGCUGACACGAGCCCGCCCUGUCACCUGCUCGCCGACUGUUCAAGUUCAUCGUGUUCACUGCUGAGGAAGAUCGCGUUGGAUCUCGCGUCUUUGGAUACCGAGUCCGCGCUUUCACACGCGAACAAAACACUCAGCUCAGUGCUUCUCGUUGGUUUCUCGACGUGUGCCUCCGUUCUAUUCUCUCCAUCGGCGAGAAAGAAGGAAACUGUACGAUUUGAGGAGAGAUAUACGUAUCGGAGUUUACCGCAUCGUGGACACGAUUCUUCUUUUUUUUUUUUUUUUUUUUGUUUGUUUUUUUCAAUUCUUUCGAACACUCCGCAUCUCCGUUUUGUGUGACACGACACUCUCGAGGGACUCGCUUGGAUUUACCCGUGGAAGAGGGGAAACGUCGAAGGAUUUUGAUCGCCGGCCGCGACAACAGGCGUUAUUAUGACGGUGGCUCUCGUUACGUUGGUUCGACGAACGGGAUACCUCACGCUCGGCCAGUGACUGCCUCCGUGUCUCGCGGACAAACUGUACACAACCGUUUCAAAUCGACGAGUGCGCCGCACCGUCUCUGUUUUCAUCAAUUGAGAGACGAGGCAAAGUGGAUCGCUGUUCCGUCGUUCGAUCGUGCUCGACAGAAUCUUUCAAAAUUGAUGUACUAAGAAGACAAAUUAUGGUGGCAGAAAUUGUCGCCCGUCAGAGUGGAUCGCCUAUCAAUGGUGAGACCGCGUGUUUGAACAGCAACAUGCCGGCCACCCACACAAUGGCGCACGCCGGUCACGGUGCUCACGGUGGCCACGACGCCCAUGGACCGUUGCCACCAUUGACCCAUCCGGCGCACCACGGUGCCCCGCUGACUUUGCAGCAGCAACAGCAACACCAGCAUCAGCCUCAACAUCAGCCGCCGCCGCCGCAGCAGCAACCGCCGCAACAUCACCACCACCAUCAGCCGCAGCAGCAACAGACGCAGCAGCAGCAACAGCAGCAGCAGCAGCAACAGCAUCACCAUCACGACGCUCAACAGGUGACACACCCAGAAAAUUUCCCCCCGAACUUCGACAUCAGAAAAGAGCUAUUUUCUCAGCGCAAGCAACGGGAGUUCAUUCCGGACAACAAGAAGGACGACAGCUACUGGGACCGCAGGAGACGCAACAACGAGGCAGCCAAACGGUCGCGAGAGAAAAGGCGUUUCAACGACAUGGUGCUCGAGCAACGAGUCAUGGAGUUGAGCAAGGAGAACCACAUCCUGAAGGCGCAACUCGAGGCGAUUAGGGAUAAGUUCGGUAUAUGCGGCGAGUCCGUAAUCAGCACGGAACACGUGCUUGCGGCCCUACCCGCUGACCCGCCUAUCGUGAAAAGGGCGAAACUCCCACCCUCGGCGGCUCUCCUCUACGCAAGAACACCGAGUCCUGUGCACACCUCGGUGAUCCACCAGCCAGUCAGUGGUGCACGAUCGCCCAGGUCGCCGGCGCAGCUGUACGUCGCCGAAACGACCUCGUAUCCUGAGGCGGAAAGCUUCCAGUAUCCUUAUCCUCAUCCGGCGAUGCAUCUCGACACGACGAGCGCCCUGAACUUAUCUCGUGGUCGACGCGCUCAGUCACCGUUUGAACUGUCAUCCGGAAGCGGUGACGAAGGGCCGCAGUUGGUGGUCAGCUCGCAAAAUCCAGCGGCUAACAACAGUCUUCCUCACAAGCUGAGGCACAAGUCGCGCAUCGGCGACAAAGACGCGGCCAGCGCGCUACUCGCGCUUCAGGGUAUCAAGCAAGAGCCUGGACCAAGGGCGUCACCGCCGUGGGACAACGAAGGUUCCAGCGACGAGCGUGACUCGGGCAUUUCCCUGGGUGCCGAAUGGACAGGCCCGAGCGUGUCCACCGUUCCUGAGAGCGAGAGGGAAGUGAAAUCCAGGUUGGAUCGUCUCGCAUCGGAAGUUGCCUCCCUGCAGUCGAUACUACGCAUCGGCAAGCCGACGGAGACCAAUCUGGUUACGGGACACUCGUUGUCAACGAACGCCAGUAUCAACGGCCCGUGAAAAGAGACCAUCCACCCCUUGUCUUGGCUUUUUCGGAACUUCUACUCUUCAACACUUUACUCCUCGAGCUGUAUCAGGUUAAACGCGACGGUGAUCAACGCGACGAUUUCUCACCGUGGCGCAUCGUGUACGGGGCAGGCAAGAAAUAGAAAGACCCCUCGAUGGCUGAUCACGCGCGCGAACGUUCCAACGAUUGUGACGAUGGUUGUUAGUUGGUAGAAGGAAAUAGCUGUCGGGUGAUCGUCGCUUGAUUUCGUUCUUUCGUAAUAAAUUGGCAAAGAGUGAGAGCGAAGGCUGGUUACGAACAGAGGGACGUGUACGUUUGAGUAGAAACGGGACUACGACCGACUUUGCAGUAUUGGAUCCGCGCAUAUUGUACUCUGGUAUCGACCAACGAAACGCGCGAAACAAAUCACACACGGUUUUUUCAGACAACGGCUAGAGAGAUCGACUAGAUGAAACGUGUAGAAAGAUGAACUGCUUUGAUUCGGGAGACGAAGGUUAUUUGAUUUUAGUCGAUCGAGUGCGAGAAUCGGUCGAAUCGGGUGCGUCUUUUUCUGUUUCUUUUCUUUUCUUUUCUUCUUUUGUUCUUGGGGUGCCCCGUUUGCCAAAAUGGGACUCCUUUCAAAUGUCCCGCGGUCAUCGUAACGAUGAGUUAGACGAUAAGAAAGAUGCGACAUCAUCUCUAGGUUGUAAGUAAUUUAUACUGUAAGACUUUCUUAGGCUACUUUCGUUUAAUUAUUAUUAUCAUUGUUGUCGCUAGUGAACUCAUUUGCUGAUUCGAAAGGUCAUGCAGCGGCUAAUCCGGCCGAGCGUUUGUUUGCUGCUGAACUCGAGCAACGAUUCGAAUAACUUGGAGACUCGAUAUUCGAUUCGUAUCGUCCUUAACGGGCGAAAGAAACGAUCUCGUUAAUUCGAAGACCUUCAGACUCGUUUAUUUAUUCUCGUCGAAUGAAAAUUCAAAUUACAUUAUAUACAUAUAUACAUGUACAUAAAGUGAAGAGUGGUAAAAUGAAAAAGAAAUCACAAUAACAAAUGACUUUGAAGAUCUUCCGAUUGGGCGAGAGUCGCGUCAAUUUUUCUCUUGAUAAAAACGAAACAACAAAUUUAUUUUCCGAUUGAUAAUUGGUCGCGCAACCGGCUAUCUCACUACCGCCACAGUCAUCCUUAACGAUUUAACUCUCCUUAUGUCGUUAUCGAGCGAAAGCAAUAACACCCAUGUAUUAUCGAUUCGCGAUCUCUUCUCUCUUUCCCAAGAAUCGUUCAUCACGUUCGUGCCGAUCCAUGUUUGCGCGGCGCAACAUUGGCACGAAUCCGCGGCAGAUUCCUAGGAGCGAGGCAAAGUGUUUAUUAGUGUUCGAACGCGUGGCUUCGAUUCCAGGUUUAUUUGCCUAUCCGACGAUUCUUCUGUCGUCCUCGUCCAACGUCUCGCAACGAACGCGUUACUUAAUGCCCUCUCCUUGAGACUCAACCUUGCCACUCGAUCCGCAAAUAACGCCAGUUCCCAAUUCGUGCAAGUCAAUUGCGCCUCGGAAACAUUGAUCGUUUUUCUUUUUUCUUUUUUUUCCGAAACAUUACAGACAGCCUUUUUCAUUUAUCGAUCACGUUCACCUCAUUGUCAAUGUUCUUCUCGCGUCUCCUCUAAAAUCAUUUCACAUUUUCUUCUUUCUUUAGCCUUUUUUUUUUUUUUUUAUAUACGUUUGUUAUUAGCGAUUAACGUGACCAGACGUGUAUAUAUGUACGUAUAAACGUGAAAGAGAGUGCGUGUGUGUACGUUUCGGAUGUUUGCUGUUCGCUGGUGCUUCGUGCAAUCGUUAGGAGCAACCGGCACGAGAAACGAGAAGUCGAGCAGGAAACGGGAGGGGCCGACUAGCCUUUCUUUCUUAUAUUUUUUCUUCUCUCUAAUCAUCGGGAGCGAAUGAUGGAGCAUACCGGGAUUCGUCGGGUACCGGGAACUGCGCGGUAUCCAAAGUAUUAAGCGAGCCUAUAAGUGUUACAUAAUGUAUACAUAGUGCACAUACCUAAGGAAUAUACAUAUAUACAUAUACGUAUAUACAUAUAUAUAUAUAUUUUUUUUCAAAUUAACGUAUUUUUCGAUAUCGUGAGAGUAUAAGACGAACGAUCUGUGUGUGUGUGUGUGUGUGUGUGUCUGUUUAUUCGCGCGCAUGCACGCGUGCGCAACGCUUUUGGCGUCGUAGACGAUGAAAGGGCAGGAACACGAUUCUUUAUUUGAUCGAUUACCGCACCGAGGAAAUCGAAUUUCGCCAGAAAGGAGAGAAAGCUGUUGAGAGCGCGCGCUAAUUGAAGGGAUUUCUCUUUUCGAAAUUUCUGGUAAACUGGCCGGAAGCGUCGACCGAACGCGCGCCUUCGAUCGCUCUGCGAUUCGACGACAAAGACGAUAACGAUCGAAAACCAAAGCGACGGAUUGCCUCGAUUGAUCGCGGCCGAUUCUUUGUCACGAAUGUUUUUUUUUAUUAAUAUUUAUUGAAGUGGGGAAGGUUAAUCUCGAAUCGUUCGAAAUGCGCGUUCGUUCGACGCCUCCCGCGCCACAGUACGACGAUAAGUCACGGCAACAUUAAUCUGAAGCUAUUAUAUAUUUGUAAAACAUUAUUUAUUAUUAAUCGUUCGUACGCGAAACCACGUAAGAAUCAGUGUUUCGACUAGAAAAAGGCAAACCUUAGUAUUAACGGAUCACGAUACGUAAUUUUUACUUAAAUACUGGUUCUUUUUUCUUUUACGUGGUUUCGUAUAUAUAUCGCGGGAAACAACUGCGCCAACGAUAAAUCAAUCGAGACGAAUGAACGAUAUAGCGUGUUAUUUAAAUAUUGGACGCGGCGAUCGCACUACUUUCUGUGGCGUUCACAAUGUCGGAGAAAUUAUCAUGGAUUGGAGGCUCAGAAUGACAAUAGCUCCGAUUAUAAUUCGAACACAUCUCUGAGCAGAUCGAAAUCAAUGUUUACGGAUCUGCGGCAUACGCGUGUUUCUUAAGAUUUUUAAGACACAUCACAAGACUGUAUUAAUCGUGAUCGGCGUUAUUCGUGGAAGGAUCUCGUAUCUAUUUCCCUUCAUCCUCCCCACGUUUCUAUACGCCUUCCCUUUUUCCCUUACUUUUCCCUUUUUCACUUGUUUGUAUUUUUUACGUUAUUUUCCUCGCGUGAAUUUUCUAUAUUUUAUACGGCAUGUUUGUACGAUUAUUGUUGAUAAUUUUCUGCGAAAAAUCGCCGACAACGAUGUUCAAUGAAUAUUAGUUUUUCUUUUCUUCCUUUUUUUUGUUUUUUUUUUUUUUUUUUUACUGCCGCCAUUCAAACGUUUCGCAGUUUUGCUCAGAGUGAAAGAGAGUCAUUAUGAAAAUCACACGUCGAGUAGUGAGACCGAAGUGUGUACGAUUUUAAUAUAUCUCUUUUAUUACUUGUCGGGCGAGCGUGCUCAUUUAUAUCGUAUCAAUGUAAAUAUAAUUUCUUUUUCUCUUCUUCUCUUUUUUUUCUGUUUCUUCUUAAUUCACUACUACGCAAACUUGGAACACACAAGUACCAACGGCUCGAUAGUCACACACGAUGUAUACCGUUCUGCAGUUGAUCUACUGUAACAUACCACGAGUGCCUAUAAUAACGAAGCUGUACGUUCUAUCCCGCAGCCCUCUGUGAAAUUGCAAAUUUUUCAACAGCUCGACGUGGAAAGCACGUUUAUUGAGAGAAAGAAAAAGAGACGAAACAAUAUUUCAAGAAAGAGAGGAACCCGUGUACUUUGUAAAUAUCGAAUGUGUUAAUUCGCGAUCGGUCACGUUAGUGAUUGCAGAGAGGAUGCCACGCGAAUCAUGCGUUCACAAAUGUGGUGAUCGUCGCAAGGUCGUUCUUACUCGCAAAUUCCAAAUAAUCUUUUAUCUCACGAUUACUUGCCCACGAGAAUGUUACCUUCGAAUACGGCGACCAUGAAUCGAUAUAUUUGUACAUAAUUGCACCUUUCUUAUCUUUUUUUUUUUUCUUCUUUUGCCAAAAAGCACGCUACUCGUGCCGAUGAAACUAUGGCGCAAAUAUCGAAGGCGUUAACGAGCAUCGGCCGGAGAAGGAACUAAUAACAAUUUUAUUAAACUACCGUUAUCUCCUCUUGUACACUUGCACCCUUGAAAUAGCUUCUUUGAGGACGUUUCGAAUACAGUUCCUAUACAGUAUGGUAAAGCGACUUAGAGACACGGUCGGCCGUUGUCCACGAUUAAACAUGAUUCCAAGACGAGUUUUGAUCCUUCUUUCUCCGGCUGUACGGAGAUAUAAGUAUUUAGAUCUAAGGGACAUAUCCACAGCGUGUAGUGUACUUGUAUAUGAAUACCGAAAUAAAUAUUUUCAAUGUUUUUGACAAUA